CUGGGCUCGCUGGGGAGGAGGUGGUCCCGCCGGCCGUCGUUCGUCGAGGAGGCCGCGUCCAGGUGCGGAGGGCGGCGCGGCGGGCGGCGGUGCGGGGGAUUAUUGACAAACACACAACAAAAACAUGGCCGACCUAAAGGCGCGUUCGUGCCUCAACUUAAAAUUUGCUUUCGUGCCCUGACGGUGGUUAUGUAGUGUUUCGUCCUUCACAUCACUCACAAAUCACUAGAUAAAUAAAUUCACGAGUACUUCACUGUGUCACACCACGAGACCAGAAAUAAGGAGUCGUCUUGAAUGCACAGGCAGUUAAAGAGGCACGCUUUGCUGUGCAAGGAGUUGUGCAUCAGUGUUCACUGCCUCUGGGCUGCCCUGUGUGACCUCCACCCUAGAGGCACAUCUACACAUCAACAUCAGACGCUAGCAACUCACUCUGCUGGGACUUUAGAGGCUGGACCCAAUGCCCUAACCAGCCCUGCAAAACACUGAAGAAGAGAAGAGGCUGGCCGCCAGUCCGUGGAGGCAGGGAUGGAGCGGCUAAGGUCUGCUUGUAGACUGUUAUCACAGGGAAGAAGGCAGGGGCUGGGUGGCCAUGGCCCGAGGCUCAUCUACAGCAAGACUGGCGUGUGGCCCGUCACGAAUGAUGAAUUGAGCCACAGUACCAAGAAGGACGUUGAUGAAUUUUGGAAGGAUAAAUAUAGAAGCCCUUGCCAAAAGCUUUCACAAGACAGUGAUGGAGGUGGCCUGGGAAAAAAAUAUGUGCUGUCCAUGUUUCCAUACCCAUCUGGCAAGCUACACCUGGGACACGUGCGGGUCUAUGCCACAGGUGACGCCAUGGCAAGGUUCUACUGCCACAGAGGCUACAAGGUGAUUCACCCAAUAGGCUGGGAUGCCUUUGGGCUGCCAGCAGAGAAUGCAGCCAUUGACAGUGGUGAGAUGCCAGACCGCUGGACAUAUGCCAACAUCCAGCAGAUGAAGGAGCAGCUGCUAGAGUUAGGGUGCAGCUUUGAGUGGCAGCGGGAGUUUGCCACAUGUGACCCCGAGUACUACAAGUGGACUCAGUGGCUGUUCUUACGUCUUUUUCAAGCAGGACUUGCCUACCAGGAAGAGGCACUGGUGAACUGGGACCCGGUGGACCAGACAGUGCUGGCCAACGAGCAGGUGGAUGAGCAGGGGUGUUCCUGGCGGUCAGGGGCCAAGGUGGAGCGGCGGUUCCUCAGGCAGUGGUUCAUCAAGACCACCAGAUUCUCUAAGUCACUUCUGGAUGGCCUCUCAGAUCCCAUGCUGGAGAAUUGGCGUGACAUCACCAAAAUACAGCGGCACUGGAUUGGUGACUGUGGAGGGUACAGGGUGGAGGUGUCAGUGGUGGGUGAGGAGCAGGACACCAGAGCCAGGGAGACCCAAGAGAUGGAAGGGGAAGGAGACAACACACACAAGGAGGGCCAGGGGGUGCCAUCCAUUGCAAGACUGGACCUCUGGAUGGCACAGCCAGAACUGCUCCACGGCAUUGCCUUCAUUGGAGUUCGAAGUGGCCAUGCCCUUGAUGCUGAGGCUCACAGAAGAUGCUGCCGAGCCGGUCAUCAGCUGCUGACUGUCAGUGCCGUGUGUCCUAUCAGCCAACGCAAAAUUCCAGUCAUAACAAGCGACAGUCUACCGUAUGCUGAGGAUGCAGAUAUUUAUGUGGGGAUUCCAUGUGUGUCAAAGCUUGAUGCCGACAUCUCAAGGGAAUGUGGCUUCACAGUCCCACAUGUUCUUGAAAAUGACAAACUUGUCAAUUCUGGGGAGCUGAGUGGUCUGCGUCCUGAGGAGGCACGGCAGCAGGUGGCACAGAGGCUGCUCGAGGCCAGGGCUGGAGGGUUUGAGACCAGCGCCAAGCUGAAGGACUGGCUCAUAUCCCGUCAGAGGUACUGGGGCACCCCAAUUCCCAUCAUCCACUGCCCAUCCUGUGGUGCUGUGCCCGUGCCUGAGGACCAGCUGCCAGUGGAGCUGCCCAGCAUCACACACUUCCCAAAGAGAGGCAUCUCUCCCCUGAAGGAGGCACAGGAGUGGCUCAGGUGCCCCUGCCCCAAGUGUGGCCAGGAGAGCGAGCGUGAAACAGACACAAUGGACACCUUCGUUGACUCUUCAUGGUACUUCCUCCGCUUCCUUGACCCCCAGAACAGCCGGCAACCCUUCCACCAUGACCUCCAGGACACCCUCAUGCCUGUGGAUCUCUACAUCGGGGGAAAGGAACAUGCGGUGCUCCACAUGCUGUUCGCCAGGUUCAUGCAGCACUUCCUGGCCAGCGAGGGCUUGGUGAGCCACUGGGAGCCCUUCAGAAGGCUGGUGAUGAUGGGGAUGGUGAUGGGCACAGCGUACAGAGUGAAGGACACAGGACGCUACCUCACCACCAACCAAGUGGACUUCUCAGUGGAGCCACCUGUGGAACUGGGUACAGGUGCACCACUAGUCAUCACCACUGAGAAGAUGAGCAAAAGCAAGCAUAAUGGUGUUGACCCGCAGGAAGUGCUUGAAAAAUAUGGGACAGAUACCACAAGACUCCUCAUGCUGGCCAACUUUGCUCCAGCCUCCGCUAGAAGCUGGUCUGAGGAAACUUUCCCCGGCAUCUUCAGUUGGCAGAACCGACUAUGGAUGACAGUCGCUGAGUUUAUUGAGGCGAGACAAGGCAUCAAAGACUCCAUUGGCACAAUAAGCGCUGAGGAGAGAGAGGAGCACGAGCAGCACCUGUGGCACGCCCGCAACCACAGCCUCAGCAACAUUACCUACGUGAUGGAACACACACACCAGCUCAACGCAGCAAUCUCCUUCAUGCAGGCACUCACCAUCAGCCUCAGGAAGGUUCCAAUGAUCACGAUGCUGAGCGAGGAGUUUGAACGCACAUUGGCUGCCCAGAUCAUCAUGCUCUCUCCCCUCACACCGCACUUUGCUAGUGAACUCUGGGCUGGCUUCAGCAGCGUGGCAGCCUGUCCCUCCAUUAAAAAGGAGCUGCCUUUGACGGAGCAGCCAUGGCCUGAGGUUGACCAGGACUACCCACUCCCACUAAGAUACUCGAUCCCUGGUGAGGAGCCCCAGCAAGUGAAGGUUCCGCGCAGAGAGCUGGACACCCUCACUCCAGCCCGGGCACUGCAGCUGGUGUCUGCUGAGGAGGGCUUCCAACAACACCUGCAGGGGAGGACGGUGCUGGAAACUUACCUCAAGAUCUUGCCAGGGCUGAGGGCAUCUGUAUCUUUCACCUACAGUGUACACGACCUGGCCAGGGCUAAGGAGGCACUAAAGAAGAAGAAAGAAGAGAAGAAAAAACAAAAACUAGAAAAACGACUGAAGAGGAAACAAGGAACAAUAAAGUGAAGA